AACCAGCCAGAGGUUCAGUCCUGCCGCGAGUCGGAGGUGGCCUGCGGUGUGGUCCCUCCCUUCAGGAGAGCAGGGAGCGUGGUAGCAAGCGAGAGGGGAGAAACGAGUUUUGGAGCGCGAUUAAGGAGAAACAAAAGAGCGGCUCCCAGCUCUUGUUAAGACGACGUGUUUUCUUUUCCUGUGGUCUUAUAAAUCAUGUGUAGUAGUUCGUGCUUUUAAAAGUGAAAGCACCCCUUCAGAGAAAUGUAGGUUUAAAAAUACUGAGUUCUAGAGAAUUAAACACACUUUACCAGUACAUUUUACCUAAAAAUUGCCAAAUUCAUUGUUUUUCAUCUAUCUGAAAGAGACAUGCUUGAAAAUAAGGCCUUAAGUGAGUAGGCACAAGAAAACUCGGAGAAAGAAGGAGGUUUCAAAUGUCCUCCCUCUUUGGCACUUGACCCAUAGGUGUCUCCUGCUCCACGGUUAGGCAUGGUUAGACACUUCCUGAAGUAGUGGUCCGGGUGAGAGAAGACUGGAGAGCCUAGCAGCCGGCAAAGUACAGUUGGGGUAUUUUAUUACCUUUGUGCUGCUGGAUAUAACAAAUAAAUAGUAUGUAAACCACCUUUAAAGUAAGGGAUUACAUUGAUCUUUGGUUAAUUACAAUCUGGAUGAAUACUGCUGUUACCUCAGUAGUUGCUAGUUACUAGCCUUGAUAAGAAGACUUUUCUAAAACUUGAAUUCUGAAGAGAUGGUCUCUGUACAGCUCCUUUCUAGAUGUAACUACAAGACAAAUUUUUAACAAUGAACAGCAUUACCAAAAGCCUUUUGCAAUCAAUUAAACCUGGCCAAGCUGCAUGGCUAAGAAGCAACUCUACUCGCUCUGGAAAACUGUGUCUUCCGAAACUAGUUCUGGGAAUAGAAACAAGCUGUGAUGAUACUGGUGCUGCUGUGGUAGAUGAUGCUGGCAAUAUCCUAGGAGAAGCACUACACUGUCAAAAGGAAGUCCAUUUGAAAGCAGGUGGGAUAAUUCCUCUGGUGGCACAGCAACUUCACAGAGAAAACAUUGAGCAAAUAGUGAAAGAAGCGCUUAGCAUCAGUGGAGUUUCUGUAAAUGAACUUGCCGCUAUUGCAACUACAGUAAAGCCAGGACUUGCAUUAAGCCUUGGAGUGGGACUCGAAUACAGCUUAAAAUUGGUGAACAAGUAUAAGAAGCCUUUCAUACCCAUUCAUCACAUGGAGGCUCAUGCACUUACCAUUAGACUGACAAAUCAAGUGGAAUUUCCUUUCUUAGUUCUUUUACUGUCUGGAGGCCACUGUAUUUUGGCAGUGGCACAAGGAGUUUCGGAUUUCCUUCUGCUUGGACAGUCAAUAGACAUAGCACCAGGUGACAUGUUGGACAAGGUAGCAAGAAGACUCUCCUUAAGCAAACACCCAGAGUGCCACAGCAUGGCUGGGGGAAAGGCUAUAGAGCACUUGGCUCAAACUGGAAACCGCCAGCAUUACACAUUCAGAGUUCCCAUGCAACAGUAUCGUAACUGUGAUUUUUCUUUUUCUGGACUUCAGAACCUUGUCAAUAAAGUAAUUAUACAAAAAGAAAAAGAAGAAGGUCUUCAGGAAGGAGAGCUACUGUCUUGCGUUAAGGAUAUUGCUGCUGCCGCACAGCACGCAGUGGCUGUUCAUAUUGUCAAGCGGACGUAUCGAGCCAUGCUGUUCUGCAUAAAACAUAGCAUAUUAUCACCAAAAAAUGCAACUUUGGUCGUAUCAGGAGGAGUUGCAAGUAAUCAGUAUAUCCGAAAAGGUCUGCAGAUUUUGGCAGAUGCAAAUGGUUUUGCUUUUCUGUGUCCUCCUCCAAGACUGUGCACUGACAAUGGUGUUAUGAUUGCAUGGAAUGGCAUUGAAAGGUUACGUGCAGGACUUGGUGUUUUACAUUGUACUGAUGGCAUCCGCUAUGAACCAAACGCUCCCCUUGGCUGUGAUAUCUCAAAAAGGGUUGAAGAAGACUCCAUCAAGGUGCCAAGACUAAAAAUGAAGUUUUGAUGGUUGGCAUCAAGUUAAGUAACUAAAGUAAAUCCAACUACAAGUUCUUCAGUAAGAACUGUUUCAAUGCUGUUACAUUUACUAUCAAUACUUUGUUUACAGUUGCUGAAAAAAAAUCACCCGUCGUAGAAAUAAAGACUGUGUAACAUCACCAAAAUGUUUCAAGGUGCUAUUCCACAAAUGCAUAGGUUUUAGGUAUCAAAGCAAAAUAAAAAAAAUAAAAAAUCAUUUUCUAAUUAAUGUAAAUUUACACAAAAUGUCUCAACUGUUUACACUUACUAUACAUUAAAAAAAACCACAUACCUCCUGUAUGAAGGCCCUCCUCACAAGAAUCAGAGGCUAGAAAGAGUGGUAAGACAUACCAGUGACUUCAUAGGGUGAUAAUUUCAGUUUCAAACAGAACAAAGGGUUUGAUUAUCUGCAAAGUCAAGUCAAAAGGAUCACAAUUAUGUGGAACAUAUGCUGCUUUCAAAAAGAGCAUGCAUUUCUCCAAGACACUACAUUUUCCUUUGUCAAAUUGUCUUGUCUUAAAGAUAUAUCUUUGAUUAAUACUAGAAGAUACCAAUCCUGAAAGCAUGUAACAGUCACUGGAAUAUCUUUAUUGCACUGCAUGGGAUUACUCACAGACAAAAAUUCAAAAACAUUCUUAAAUGGUAGCACAUCACAGCCUCGAUAUAGUAGAAUAAAGAAAUGCUGGAGAAUGUAAGCAGUAUUUUAGAGGACAGUAGUCUUGAAGUGGAAAUAAAUGAAGACAUUUAAUAUAAAUACACAAUUUUUUCUG